CAAUAUUUCAGUUGAUUUGUAAUGAAUCCAGAAUGCAUGACAUUUUUGUUUUUUGAAUUGCAUUACAGAAAAUAAAGAACUUCAUCACAAUAUUCUAAUUUUCUGAGACAGUCCUGUAUAUAUAUAUUAUUUUUAAUAUAUAUAUACAUAUAUAUAUAUUUAAAAUAUUUAUAUACAUAUAUAUUCCUCGUAAAGCACUUGUAUCAAUAAGGCUACGUCUCCUUUAAAUAUGACCUCGUAUUUAUUUCGUGAUCUGUAUUUCUUGACUCACGGCUCGUUUAGGGGGAAGAGGAAGUGGAGGUGGGGCCCUGAACGCAUCACCGGUUGGUGCCCCCGCAACAACGCCUGCGCUUCGACCAAUCGGAGGCGUUCUUCCGGCUGUGACGUAGUGGGAUGUGGCGGGCCGUUCCCGUCACAGUCUAGAGGGGGCGUGGACCUCAAGAAGAACCCGGUCCCCUCCAUCAGGACUCGGGAGAACCGCCGGAGCGACUCUCCUGAACACGGAACUACCGGCCGGCUGCUUCCCGCCACGCGUCGCGUCAUGAACUCCGGUGGAAACUACGAGGAGUGUCGCGCCACAGCCGAUUGGCUGCUGGCCCGCACGCCGGUGCGCCCCACGGUGGCCAUCGUGUGCGGCUCCGGCAUGGGGGGGCUGGCCGAGAUGCUGAAGGACCCCCAAGUCUUCAAGUACAGCGACAUCCCCAACUUCCCCCGGAGCACAGUGCAUGGUCAUGCAGGCCGGCUGGUGUUUGGUACGCUCAAGGGGAAACCGUGUGUGUGCAUGCAGGGCCGCUUCCACCUGUAUGAGGGCUACCCCGUCCAGAAGAUCACGCUGCCCAUGCGCGUCUUCAAGCUGAUGGGCGUGGACACGGUCUUCCUCACCAACGCCGCCGGCGGCCUCAACCAGGACUACAAGGUGGGCGACGUCAUGAUCCUCAAGGACCACAUCAACAUGCCGGGGUUCGCCGGGACCAACCCGCUGGCCGGGCCCAACGACGAGCGGUUUGGCGUGCGCUUCCCCUGCAUGUCCGACGCCUACGACCGCGAGCUGCGGCGUCUCGCCCGCGCCGCGGCGGCGGAGCUCGGCUACGACGACUUCCUGCAUGAGGGCGUGUACUGCGUGCUGGGAGGCCCCGCCUUCGAGACCAUCGCCGAGUGCCGCAUGCUGCAGCAGCUGGGGGCCGACGCCGUGGGCAUGAGCACGGUCCACGAGGUGCUGGUGGCGCGUCACUCCGGCCUGCGCUGCUUCGCCUUGUCUCUGAUCACGAACCGCGCGGUGAUGGACUACGAGAGCCGGGAGACGGCCAACCACGAGGAGGUGCUGGAGACGGGCCGGCGGCGGGCGCAGCAGCUGCAGGAGCUGGUGUCCACCAUGGUGGCCCGGCUGGAGAGCCACAACAACAACAGCAGCUAAACCUGCUGAACGCGGAAGAAGUGAAACCGCCGACUUCCUCGUUUCUUUAAGUCUUAAAAUACGACAAACGGGUCCACUUUGAAUAUUUUCUUAUCUUAUUAUUUUAUUAUCUUAUUAUUUUAUCAUCUUAUUAUUUUUAUGAUUUUCUUAUCUUAUUUUAUUAUUUUAUUAUCUUAUUUUAUUAUCUUAUUAUCUUAUUAUUUUAUUAUCUUAUCUUAUUAUUUUACACUCCUCCCCCCGCGACGUUUACAUUUCGAGGCGUUCAGACGGUUUAAUCCCGUUAUUCAGUUUCCGUGAAGCGAUAUAAAAAAAGAUAACUUAAAAGAAUAUUUCUUAUUUCAGUUCUUUUCCCCCCCCCCCCGAUGUCAGUCAGCCAAUGACAACGCAGAGAUAUUCACAUUAUUUAAUGGAGGGGACUGCUUUAAAAUGUUCUAAAAUAUUUAUGAUAAUGUAUUUAAAGUGCUUUUUUAGGUUUUGGGGUUUAAAAGUUUAAGAAAAGGAGAUCGGGAUUUAUAGAGUUAAAAAUAAUACUGUAAGAAAUGUGGAUCAACUUUUACAAUAAAAAGGACUUUAAAAAGAUAAAA